AGGUUGAUUACGUCAAAUUCAUGGCGCCAACUACAAUAAACAUUAGCAUUUGUCGAGCAGUGCGCUGUUUCCACUGUUUUUACUGAUAUUUUAGUGUACGUAGUGAAACUUACUAUUGGCAAGAUGUCUGAAAAGGCCAAGGACAUUCUGAAAAUGGACCUUUAUGGUUUGCUUGGAAUUGAAAACACUGCUACAACGAAGGAGAUCAAGAAAGCCUAUCGACAGAAAGCUCUGAAGUGCCAUCCAGACAAAAACCCAGACAACCCAAAAGCAGCUGAGCUUUUCCACCAGUUGUCCCAGGCUCUGGAGGUGCUUACUGAUGCUCCUGCCAAGGCCGCCUAUGACAAGAUUUGCGCUGCCAAAAAACAAGCAGAAGAACGUAACCGCAAACUUGAUGACAAAAGAAAGAAAAUUAAGCUAGACCUUGAGACAAGAGAACGACAAGCAGAGGCUGAGACCCAAGUUGAAGUGCAAAUCACAAGAACACUUGAAGAAGAGAUAGCUCGUUUGAGGGAAGAGGGCUCCAGACAGCUUGAGGAAGAACAGAGGCUCAUCAGUGAGCAGAUCCAAAGAGAAAGAGAAGCACAGCAGAACACAGGCUCUGGUGUAGAGAGAUGUUCCAGGACCAGCGUCACCCCAAAACUAAAGUUAAAGUGGAAGUGUAAAAAAGAUGAAGAGACAAAUGGAGGCUACUGUCAAGAGUUCAUUUUUAAACUUCUGCAAAAGUACGGAGAUGUUUUGAAUGUGAUCAUAUCAAGUAAGAAGAGAGGAAGCGCUGUGGUAGAAUAUGCAACUGUAAAGGCAGCUGAGCUGGCUGUGAAGAAUGAAAGUGGCCUGAGUGAAAACCCAUUGAAGAUUUCCUGGCUUGAGGGACAGCCGGAAGUUGCUUCUGCAUCUGAGUUCAUGUCUGCACAGGGCUCUCUAUCCAAUGAGCGCGACUAUGAAAGUGUGGUGAUGAUGAAGAUGAGGCAAGCUGCUGAGCGUCAGCGGCUCAUUGAUCAAAUGCAGAAGGAAGAUGAGGAAGACGCUGCCAUGUCCUAAUGCUAUAGGACCUGGCCCGGCUCCGGUCUGCAGCCAGUAAACGUGACAUCCGUUUUAAGGUUUUGUUCAGUCUCUCAUCAGGCAAAUAAAUCUUUAACAACCAAAGAACGUU